AUGUUUGGAUUCCCUGCUGGUCGAGGGCGACAUCGAGUUGAGGACAGCGCCCAUUGGGACCACCCCCGCAAAAGAGCACAAGCUCUGGUGUGGUGCAAUGGCCGGGUUAGCGUCCUAGCCAUCGCGAGGAUCGCACACAGCGGUUGGUGGGACGCGAGAGGAGGCCGCGAUGGGAAGCAUCAUCCUCUCCGCAUUUUGAGCCAGUUCGGUAAGGGCUCGCUGGGUCCCUGGAGAAAACGCAUCUCUCGCUGGCCGACCAUCGCAGCAACAGUAUCCAUCAACCCAGUCCGAGCCCCCGGCCGGCCAGUCAUUAUUAUCAUUGUCGCCUUCCGUCUCCGUCUCCAUCGCCCGUCGUCUGGCUCGCUGUCAUACGCCCUGGCCGCUGAGGGCACGGUGCUCCUGGUCGUCCUCACUGCCGCUAGAAAGCGUCCUGACUUAACUGCUUCAUCUCCAGCUUCAACUUGCCUGGCGCCACUUCUUCCAGCCCCAACCCCGUGGCUCUUGACCUCGUCGAUUCCUUCAUCGUCGCUACACCCCCCUUCGUGUCCAGAAAGACAUUGUCAACUCGACGGGUUAACUUGGGAUAUCGCUUCCUCGACGCCUCCCCAACGCCUCCGCAUCUUUAUACAGGUUCCGCUUUGGGUCGUGAGCUUAAGUCAUCGUCCCCCCCCGUUGCUCUCCCCCGGAACACCGACGAUUGCGACCAACUUCACUCUGUACAUCACCCGUUCCCCAGAUCGCCUGAACCAAACUGACACUGCCUCGCUUGGGCGUAGUUCGUUUAGACAAUGUGCUGCUUCUAAACCGUGCCUGCGUCUGCCCGUCGGUGCUGGGAAUCUAAUUCCGAGGUCACGCAACCAUCCUGGUGCUGCAGCAUACCUUCCACACACACGAGAGAGUUUCAGACUGGCGAAGAAGCCCACAGACGAGACACAAACCAUACAGAGCUACUUCUAAGUGGCGACGACAUUGAAUAAUAUCACAAAAGGAAGUCGAUCUCCAGAGCGAUUCCGCAUUUCGGGCAAUCCUGCUUCAGUUCGACACUGCGCACUUCCUCAACGCGGCUUCCGAGAACCAAAGAGCCUGGUUGCUAUUUGUGGUUCACGAUUUCCCUAUUUCUACGCAAGAAUAAGGAUUGU